UGCUCGCCUGCAUCUGCGUGUUCCCUCCCUUCCCAAACCUUCAGAUAAAUUUCAAAUCUUCAACAAAUCCCUUGGGAUAGAUUGAGUUCCUUACAAUUUCCAUUUUCCUGGAAAAUUAUUUUCUAAUUAAUAUGUCUUGUGCAAGAUCAAAAACCCUUCACGACCACCCUUUAAAUUUCGGGAAAUUCCUAACCAGAGCCAUUGAUGUCUUCCCUUUCGCCAUGAAAACAACCCUAGCUCUUUGCUCCGUGGCUUCCAUCUCUCUCAUCUUCUACUUCGCCUUCUCAAACCGCUCCCAUAAUUUCCCUCCACACCCCAAUGUAGUCACUGACUUCAAUCAAAACGGCAUCUCCGUCGACGGUCACGAAAAGACAAAUAUUUCACACAUUCUGUUUGGCAUCGGAGGCUCCGUGGAGUCGUGGGACAAACGCCGAAGCUACGCGGAGUUGUGGUGGAAACCUAACGUCACCCGCGGGUUCGUUUGGCUGGACGAGAAACCAUCCCCAAGCAUGCCGUGGCUGGAGACCCUUCCACAGUACAGAGUCUCCGAGGACACGUCACGGUUUAAGUACUCGUGUCCGUAUGGUUCACGGUCGGCGGUUCGGAUGGCGAGAAUCGUGAAAGAGAGCUUCCAGCUAGGUUUAGAAAAUGUGAGGUGGUUUGUUAUGGGGGACGAUGAUACGGUGUAUUUCCCCGAUAACUUACUUUCAGUGUUAGCGAAAUACGAUCACAAUCAGAUGUACUAUAUUGGCGGGAACUCGGAGAGUGUGGAGCAAGAUGUGAUCCACUCAUACACUAUGGCUUACGGCGGUGGCGGGUUUGCCAUUAGUUACCCGUUGGCUGCUGAGCUUGUUAAAAUUUUGGACGGCUGCAUUGAUCGGUAUGAUAAACUCUACGGCUCGGAUCAAAAGAUCCAGGGUUGCUUGAGCGAGAUUGGAGUGCCACUAACAAAAGAGCUCGGCUUUCACCAACUUGAUAUACGGGGCAACCCGUAUGGUUUGCUAGCGGCGCACCCUGUGACCCCGUUGGUGUCACUCCACCAUUUGGACUAUGUGGAGUCGAUAUUUCCCAACCUGAACCCGAUUGACUCGGUCAAGAAGUUGGUUAGCGGGUACAAAGUGGAUCCGGGCCGGACCGUACAACAUAGUUUUUGUUACGACUUGAGGCGUAAUUGGUCUGUUUCGGUGUCUUGGGGCUACACGGUGCAGUUGUAUCCCUUUUUUGUGACGGCUAAGAAGCUGGAAACCGCGUUGCAGACGUUUUGGACGUGGAAGAACUGGGACGCGCGCCUAUUCACGUUUAAUACCCAACCCGUCAGUUCGGACCCGUGUGAGAGAUCGGUUGUGUAUAUGUUAGAUCGGGUUGAAAGUGUUGGUGGGCGUGAGACCCUGACUACUUACAAGAGGUACAAUAUUGACAAAGGGGAAAACGAUUGCAUCCGAAGUGACUACACUCAUGCUUUGAAAGUUGAGGCUUUCAGUGUCUCAGCUCCCAAAUUCAACCCAGACUUGUGGAAUAAGGCGCCACGUAGACAAUGUUGCGAGAUCAUCAAUGGCACAAAAGGAGCUGACAGAGUUGUACAAGUCCAAAUUAGAAGCUGCAAUGGCUUUGAGAGUGUGACUCCUCCGUAACAGGUGGAAAAAUGGCUUAUCAUUCUCUCAUUGGACUUGCUGUACACCAAGCAUGCAUCAAACUAUGUUAACAAGUUUGGGAAAGGAAAAAAAUAAAAUUGGGCAUGAAUUCUAGUUCAUUUAAUAUUUGCUUUCUUCACAUAUUGGUGUCUACGUAGUACUAUUAUUACAUCAAACUUUUAAGAUACCAAAUUAUGUAGUAGUGUAUUAUUUGUUUCAUGUUUAGAUUUAUUAUGUAAUUUGCAUUAUAUAACAUAAGAAAUUUAAGAUAAACUAUGGACAAGA